AUGCCUGAAGAGGCAACUCCUGUGAAAGCUUCUAGCCCUUCCCAUCGCUGCGGCAAUCUCAUCAGCGUGAUUCCAGGAGCAGUGAAGCAGCAAAUAGACGAGAAACCCAUUACCAUCGGCGUGCGCAUCCUGGGCCCGGCGCUGGGCUUCCUGCUGGGCUCCAUGUGCACGCGCAUCUACGCCGACCCCUACACCGACCCGCAGAUCGAGCCCACGGACCCGCGCUGGGUGGGCGCCUGGUGGCUAGGGCUGGUGCUGGUGUCGUCGCUGCUCAUGCUGGCGUCCUUCGCCAUGUUCGCCUUCCCGAAGCGCCUGCGCACCAGCCGCAACCCGCCCAGGCCGCUGCGCUGCGGCAAGAAGAACCUGAGCUUGCGAGUGGCGAGUUGGCGAACGCUUGGUCCCGCGUUCCUGUUUCCCUCUCCGCGAGCGCCGGUCGCCGUCGCCCUCGCCGUCGCCGUCGCCGCCGCCGCCGCCGCCGCCGCCGUCGCCGCCGCGCUCGCUCUCCGCACCUCUGCGGGGAAACCCAAUGCAAACAUCCUUCUUAACGGGGCUCUUGGCCUUAGAAAUGUGCUUACCCCUGAUUUUCCUAAAGCUGUGAAACGCCUUUUGAAGAAUGAUAUCUUAAUGUUCCGGACUGCAAGUAGUGUCCUUCAUAUUCUGCCCAUAGCUGGAUUAUACACAUUCUUGCCUAAAUAUCUGGAAACACAAUUUCGACUACCAGCUCAUAAGGCAAAUAUGAUAUCUGGUAUUGGAGGUAUACUAGUGAUGGGACUAGGUAUUAUCAUCAGUGGAGUCUUUAUACUCAGAGUUAAACCAAAUGCUCGGUUUGUGGCAGCCUGGAUUGCUUUCACAGCGGUUGUAUAUGCCAUAGGUAAAAAGCAUGAAUGGGAAUUCUUAUGUUUAUUGGAUGUCCAAUGGAUGAUUUUGCUGGACUUGUACCUGGCAGAUUGCCAGUGUAUAAGCAAUUCCUCAGAUGCUCAUGCAAUAGUCCACGGUACAGCAAAACAAAAAUUUUGUGACUCAAAAUGUACAAACUAUGUGUGGUACAUUUUGCUAUUCUCUGUGUUUGUUUUUAUUCAUUCAACAUCAGAAGUAGGGAGCAUGUUACUCAUCCUGCGAUGUGUGGAUCCUAGAGAUAAGGCAAUGGCUCUGGGUCUAAUACAGUUUGCUAUAGGAUUGUUUGGUAAUGUACCUUGUCCUAUUGUUUAUGGAGCAGUAGUGGACUAUGCAUGUAUGGUUUGGGAGGAGACAGUAUGUGGAGAACAGGGCGCAUGUUGGCUGUAUGAUUCCAACAUUUUCAGAAUGUUUUAUCACGGUACUACAGGUGCCAUAUUACUCUGUGCGUUCUUUGUGGAUAUUAUUGUGUGGUACAAAGCUGGCAGCAUAAAUUUUGUGGAUGAACCGGGGCCAAAUCCUCAAGAGGAGGAACUGAAUCCAAUUGCAGGGAGAGCUCGCUCAGAGACAAGUGUUUGACAAAGCGCCUUGGUAACUGUGACAUCCACAGUUCCUGAACGUCUUCCUGAAAGAUUGCAAGGCGCUUGUGAUACAUGUGCAUAGACUGGAAAUACAUCAGUAGAUGUUUCCUAAUAUUGUGAUGUAUCAUAUGUUGAUAUGACCUAAAGUAAUUUUGUGAUAUGACUGAUUCACAAUCAUUUCAAGAUUACCAACAUAAAUAUCGACUGAUUAUAAGGGCAGGGAUCUAACAAAAGUUAGAGAUUUUCCCAAUGUAUGUUAGAUAAGCUAAUAAUGAUGUUCUCUGAGGUAUCUUUUGAACUAUAUGCCUAAGAGAGAGAAUGAAUUAACUAAUAGUAUGUGUUUUAAGUGUGGAUAAAGUGAAAUUUAUCAAAUCCAUAUGUUACUAUGGAAUAAUAUUAACAGAAAUAUUUGCAAAAAAAGAACACAUGUGAACAUAUUUUUGUUAAAUCUUCGUAAUUGAUGCAAUGAUAAAAUUAUUUUCCUGACAACUUUAUCCAGGAUGAUAUUGAUUGAAUAUAGAAAUGAAUUUUAAAUUUGUAACCUAGUAAUUAAUGUAGAUUAAUUAGAAUUUUUAGAAUCUAUUUUGCUUUUAUUUUUAAAAUUAAACAAUUUUAUAUACAUAUUGAAAUUGGUUAUUAAAAUGAAAUUUGUAAUGGAAAAUUUUCAUUGUACUGUUGACAUAUUCACUUUAGUGUUUAGUUUAUUGGAAACCUGUUGUUGAAGUCGAAUUAUAUGUGUCUGAAUCGCAAGAUGAUAACAGAUGGCAAACAAUGGAGCCUAGAUGAGGAACAAAUGUUCAUAACAAAUGGAAGCUUGUAAAUAAUCUUUUUCAUUGAGAACACAUUUUAUUGAGUAAUAUGGCAACUCGAGCAGAGAGGUGAAGUGCUUUUAUUCAUUCAGCAACUGUAUAUGUUUUUACAAGGCAGAAAAUAUCAGCAAGAGCCCAGUAUUAUUUUUAAAAGCAACUUGUUCAGCAUAUUUGAUGCUCUUUUGUAUUGUGUGAAUUUCAGAAAAGUGUCUCAAUGCCACUGAUGUCUUCCAAAUGAACUUACUCUGAAAUAAUGGAAAAUGAUUAAAAAUUCAAUUGUUACAUCAUAUUAGAAAUUAUUUGUAAUCUGCUAAUAAUAGCAAAUUAGAACAUUUGAGGUAUUUACUCAUUAAAUUUUUAUGUGAUAAUUGGUAAAAUUUACUUACAAUGAGCAUACGACAUAAACCCACUGUAUCCAUUUUUUCUAUGUAAAUUUUGUACAUUUUUAUGCAGCAGUAAAUAUAGGAAUUUAAAAAGAUUUCCAAUUCCUUUUCUAGACACAUUAUGCUGCACAUCUUGAACAUCGAACUGGCUUGAUGAAAGUGUUAAUUGAACAACUUGUUUAAAAUAUUGUUUUAUGUAUGCAAACUUUGGAAACAUCUUUCAAACAUUUUUCUAGAAUCCAUUAAUUGCAUUAAUUGUUAUUACACUGAAGAACAGUUUUUUAAAAAAAUGGAAAUGGGAGUUUGUCACAGGUAAGAUAGUAAUCCUACAACUUUGUACUGUGUAAAACUUUAUUUCUUUGUAGGAUUCGGAAUGAUGUAACUUAACUUGUUCGCUUUAUCUGGCAAACUUCACGGGCAAAUUUUUCAUGGCACUGCUCAACCAACUUUUUGAUAACAAAACAUUUUUACUGGAUAUAUUUAGUUACAUUCAUAUAUAUUGUUCUGCAUAUUUGACAAAAUUAUAAUUUUCAUUUUAUUUGUACUCUACAAGGAAUUUGCAAAUUAUUCUUAUUCAGUCAUUUGUUCUGAUUUCAAUUGCACCUAAUUGGUGUAAUUUCUUUUCAUUAUAUCUACAGUGUGAUUUGUUUUCUAAUGGAUUAAAAUGCCCUUUUUUCUUAUAACAUUUCCAUUACAUAAUGAUUCUGUUAAAAAGAAUUGAUAAUGAAAAUUAAAAAUAUUUUACAAAGCCUCAUUUCUCAUUGUCUGGUAGGGUCACAUCAACAUUCUGUCCUCUAAAGUUUUGCAAAUGUUAUUUAGAUAUGAUUGAAUACACAAAAUAUUAAAAGAAAUUAAUUUUUAAUUUCAUGUACCUUUCAUUAUUUGUUAAACCUAAAAUCAUUUGAAGUGAUAAUUAAGUAAGUCAAAUUCCAUUUAUUUUAAACAGAGAUAAUAUAGCUGAGGCUUAUUCUUUUUCUUUUUUAUUUAGGAUGAUUUAAAAUAAUAAGACACUUCUACUUGAUGUUACAGGUACUUUUAUAAUUCCUUUGCAUACCAUUAAACUGAAUUAGGGGAUAUUGAAAAGUUUUUCUUUCUUUGUGAAGAAAGUUUUUUACUAUUGACUGUGGCUAGUUACCAGCCCCAUAUUUCCCUUUAGAUUACAGAGAAUUCAUUACCUAGAGGUUUGAGCAUUACUGCUACUAACCUUAGAGGUAAAGGGAUAAAAUGUGUUGGAGAUUGAAUGGCAAGGCUAAGAGAAACAUGCUGUGAAAAUUAUAGGGCAAAUGCUAAGGGAAUUAAAGAAUUACCAUUUGAUAUGAUGACAGUAAUGGAAUUUCAGAGGUAUGGGCGUGAAAAAGUAUUCUUUCAAGAACUGCUAAUCUACUAUAAAAUUCAUUUUGACUAGAAUUCAAGAACUGAUGACUUAAGUUAAAAAGAAAACACAUGAGCUCUGCUUUACAAAAAAAUACUUAACAGUUUGUUAAUGAAAGUCCUUCUAAUUAAAGAAUCUAAAUGAAGUUUCUAAAUAAUUUAAUAAAAUAAAUUCUUAAGUUUUGAGUCUGCAUUUCCAAUGAAUUUUUAAGCCAUUUGAAAGGUAAUUUUCCUCUUAUUUCUAAGUCAAUAAAUAGGUUAUUUUUAAAGCAUUUUAGGUCAUCAGAAUCAAAGCCCUGCAUAUUAUUAGGGGUCAGUUUUUAAUGAAAUGUUAUUUUCUUUCUUUUCAAUUUAGAACAAUGCAUUUUAGGAUAGACAUUAAUUUUAUGUUGUGACAAAAGGAAAUUACCGAUUUUUAUAAUACAUUUUUUUUUGGCAUUUUUCUUUGAUUGCAACUCGUAAGUAAUUUUUUUACCUUUCCCCAUCAUUUAUAAAGCAUUGCUUUGAUUUUAAUGGUACUUACAUCAAUUAAU